GCCUCCAGCAGCCGCUCUUAUCCUUGGAUCUGCCCCUUUUCUGAAGGUUUUGGUUUGAUUUUUUUCAAAAUCAGAUCUAGAAUUUUUAGGAAAUUCAACCAUCUCGCGCUCCAUCCCGCCGUGAUCCAGGGUCUUUCUUCUUCCAGCCGCCACCAGCCGUGUCUCCUUCUGGCAAGCACGCACCCACGCGUGGCCAACACGCGUUGCCACGUGUCCAACCUUUUGCAAUGCGUGCUGCCUGCCACCGUCUCCCGCUGCUUAUGCCUGUCUACUAUGGUGGUCCCCCACCAUCCCCCAACACCCACUGCUGGUGCGUGGUCUUCACAUGCCUAUAUUUUAGAUGCUGGUGGUCGUCCUUCAACGGCUCUACUUCGGUUUUCUGCAGUGCCUGUCCUGCAACAACCAUUUAACAGUGGUUGUUGCUUUUACCACAAAGGACCCUUCAUUGAGUUCUUUUGCAAACCGCCUUAUGCGGCUCUGGAAAAGGCCCGGCUUAUUUACGGUUCUUAUAGAACUAUAGACAAAACUAUUGUGUGCUGUUUGGUCCUUUUGGAUCAGAUCCAGAAUUUGUUUUUGAAUUUGUAUUGCAUUUACCAUUUGGGCUUUGUUGUCGGGGUGCUCACCCUUUUGGUUGUUUUAUCCUGUAACCCGCUUUCCCUUAUUUGAUUAAAAAAAAAAAGCCCUCAAAGUCUAACGCUUUCUGAGUU